UUCUUUACCUUAUUAAAAACAGUUGUAUUGAACAAAAGAAACUAUUUACAAUAUUCAUUUUUUUUACAUCUACUUCUUUGAUAUACACGCAAAUAAAAAUAUGGAGUUGAAUCAUUUGCAAUUGGCUUUAAAUACCGUCCAGACAUUAAGAUUGGAGCUAACACAGUUUUUCAUUGAUAUUUGUGAAGGAGUAAAAGAUGAUGGUUCACAAACAGGCUCAAAUCAAAACCGUUACUUGUAUACUCUGAAUGAAAUGAUUGGAAAAAUUGGAAUUCGUAUGAGGGAUCUUCAGCAAGUUGUUGGGUCUUUAUCUAAUCCUCCAGGUGCUAUGUCAUUGCAAAACACAUCAUUCUUAACGCAAGAAAGUACACCCGAUCGACAAGCAUUGUAUCCUGCACUUCUGUCUUCUCAUAAAUGGCUUGAUAAUGUACAUGAAUCUAGUUCAAACGCUGUACAAAUUUUAAGACAAAAUUCAUCAAAAAAAUUGUAUUCAAAUUCCAGUUUGAGUAAGAAGAAACAACAACAGUCAAGUUUGCAUAAUAUAUCACAUAAUAUAUCAUCACAAGCUGUUGAUGUUUUAUUGAUUAAUAUUAGUCGGAUGUUUCCUGAAAUGAGUAUUAAAAUAUCAAGGCGCUCUGCAUCGACUGUUGUUCUAUUGGUUACCUUAAGUAAACUUUUACAUGCCAUUAUAUCAUUUAAAGGAGUUAUGAUGGAAUCGGUUGUUGUAAAAGGAUUUGAUGAGCCUAUUAAUCUUAAUGAUUUACAACAGGAGUUUUGGCAAGAAUCAAGAUAUUUUGUGUUUCGUAAGAUAACUGAACAUGCUAAUAUAGCUAUGGCACAUUUUUUAUCACCAACAUUGCCAGAUCUUUCAGUUCGGUCAUUCUUGACUUGGCUCAAUAGUUAUUUGGUAUUAUUCAAACAACCAUGCAAGUUUUGUGGAAAAAUAGAGAGUGAAGGAUGCCCAGCAACUUGGAAAGAUCUAAGGACAUUAGAUCCAUUCCAUUAUAAAUGUGCAUUUUAA